AUGAAUUCCGCUGUCACGAGGUCGCUGCCUGUCACGUGCGGCACGCUGUUGGUUGGAACCAUCUUGUCGAGCGUCCGGCAACAGCAAGCUGGCGGCGGCGGCGGCGACGGGAUUUUGGAAGUGCUGCUCCAAACGUACUGGGACCACCGUUGCCUCCCUGCGCCCGUGGAGCACCUGCUCGCGCUUGGGACGUGGGACGACGAUGCGAGUCGGGUACGCCUCGUGCACGCCGAAUGGCUGCCUCCGUCGACUGUGCGAACGCUCGACUACCAGAUCAACAUCCCAGUGGCCCAUCUGGACCGCUUUCGACGCAGCAUCCACACGAACGAGCUGACCCGGUGCGCCACCAUGCACCCCGACCGCUCAUGCCGCCAGUUUGCCAUCACAGGCACACUUAAUCUGCUCUGUCGAAGCACACAAGUGUUUGUACCAUUGCAAUGUCUAUCGCUUGCCGCGAGUGUUUUCGUAGCCAGGAAACAAACGAGUGUCCAGUGGCCUGCACUGGCCAACAACGUGGGGUGGUCGGUGGUGUUCCUCACUUGGGCCAACAUGGCGCCGCUCCUGCUCUCGUGCUCGCUACCUCAGACACGCCACAAACUAACGACGUUGGUGGCGUCCAUGUUGCCCUACCUAAUGCUGCAAGUGGAACCUCGAAAACGACGCGCCAGUGUGCUCAAAGCCAUAGCCUGUUGGACGCUCGUUUCGCUGCAAUUACAGGCCACCUCUAGCCGAGUUUGGCGACGAUAUGUGACAAAAUUGUCGCUAGCCAAGCGUAUGCCGUGGACGUGGGUCGCCACGGCGGUGUAUGGCGCAUGCAUGACACACAUUCUCAACCGACCGCACCUCCAAAGCCACCUCGCAAUGCAGUACUUGUUCGGCAAAUCCAUGCACAAGCCACUACAAGCUGGCGGCGGCGGCGGCGACGGGAUUUUGGAAGUGCUGCUCCAAACGUACUGGGACCACCGUUGCCUCCCUGCGCCCGUGGAGCACCUGCUCGCGCUUGGGACGUGGGACGACGAUGCGAGUCGGGUACGCCUCGUGCACGCCGAAUGGCUGCCUCCGUCGACUGUGCGAACGCUCGACUACCAGAUCAACAUCCCAGUGGCCCAUCUGGACCGCUUUCGACGCAGCAUCCACACGAACGAGCUGACCCGGUGCGCCACCAUGCACCCCGACCGCUCAUGCCGCCAGUUUGCCAUCACAGGCACACUUAAUCUGCUCUGUCGAAGCACACAAGUGUUUGUACCAUUGCAAUGUCUAUCGCUUGCCGCGAGUGUUUUCGUAGCCAGGAAACAAACGAGUGUCCAGUGGCCUGCACUGGCCAACAACGUGGGGUGGUCGGUGGUGUUCCUCACUUGGGCCAACAUGGCGCCGCUCCUGCUCUCGUGCUCGCUACCUCAGACACGCCACAAACUAACGACGUUGGUGGCGUCCAUGUUGCCCUACCUAAUGCUGCAAGUGGAACCUCGAAAACGACGCGCCAGUGUGCUCAAAGCCAUAGCCUGUUGGACGCUCGUUUCGCUGCAAUUACAGGCCACCUCUAGCCGAGUUUGGCGACGAUAUGUGACAAAAUUGUCGCUAGCCAAGCGUAUGCCGUGGACGUGGGUCGCCACGGCGGUGUAUGGCGCAUGCAUGACACACAUUCUCAACCGACCGCACCUCCAAAGCCACCUCGCAAUGCAUAUCAUGAGCCGACAUCAUCAAUUCAUGCACACGUUCCUACUCGACGCCAUCCGCCAUGCUGGUCCGACCUCAUGCCUAACCUUGCUCGUCGGUGCUCUUAUAUCCAGCGCUCAGUCGAGCCAACUCAAACUGCCGCCUGCGAUCGUCGUUGCCGGGGGGGUCGGCUGCGGCGUGUUUCGAUUCGUCUACCGACUCGAGCAUCGCCGUCUAGCCGCGAUCAUGGGGUCCAUGGCGUUCUUUCGUCUGUGCAGUUACAACCACAAGCACAUCGUGUUGUCGUACUCGGCCGUCGAAGCCAUCUCCACGUACUACCUCACGCACUUCACCCAUCAGUACUGGCUCGAGCACGCCACGGGCAUCCUCGUCACGUCGCGACUCAUGUACACGUUUCUGUUCCAUUCCGACUGGCUUUUUCCGUCGCAGCUCCGAAUGCUGGACUUCCAGUCCGGCUUGUCCCCCGCCCGCCGCGCAUCCCACCAUACAUUUAUCAAGCACGGUAAGUCGCGGAUAUUUUUCAUGGGAGGAGCAUCCUUAUUAUAA